AUGUUGACCUAUUCUGGUACCUUGUACAGUGUCCCUCAGUCACUCAAAACUCCGCAGCUAGUGUUUAAAGGUUCAGUCCAUAGGACCACAAAAAACCGGUGGACCGAACUGAACUGGACCAUAGUCCGGUCUUUUUUUCGGUUGCAGUUGCCCCAAUUUGGGGUUGGUCCAGUUGCCAGUUGCCUCAUUUCGAAAUUUUUUUAA